UAUUUCAGAAAUACUAAAGCAGUCAAAGUUCAAGAUGUCGAGUAAGAAGAAAGGAACUCGUGGAGCAACUAAGAAAACUAAGUACAAGGAUGAACAUGUAUCGGACGAAGAGGAGUUCGUCCAAACCUUCGAUGUGGAGGAGAAGUUGAGAUCUAAAGAUUUCCCCCGGUUCUUUAUUAAAGAACUGACUGGGUCUGAGUUGACGAUUGAAUAUCUUCAGAAGAAAGGAUUUUCUUUACCUCUAUUUAUUCGGGAGAAGAUGGGACUGUACAUGAAUAUGCCGGACUCAGAUUUCACAAUAUCAGACGUGCGGAGUAUGGUUGGGGGGAAGAGAAUGAUCGAGGUGAUGAACUGCGCAACUCAGCAGAACACGGAGAUGUCUAUGAGAGAGUGGGAGGAAUUCUUUCUCGACCCAGAAAGGCCUGAUGCGAAGUUGAAUGUUCUUAGCCUGGAGUUUAGUAGAACCAAACUAGACGCGCUCAUAACAGCUCCAAGAGUGGUUCGUCAGAUUGACUGGGUUGACAAUGUUUGGCCUCGUCACUUUAAAGAAGACCAAGACGAAGCAACGAAUGCCAUGAAUAAAAUGAAAUAUCCGAAGGUCCAGAAGUACUGUUUAAUGUCAGUAGCUGGUUGCUAUACAGACUUCCAUAUUGAUUUCGGAGGAAGCAGCGUCUGGUAUCAUAUACUCAAGGGGCAGAAGGUAUUCUGGCUUAUCCCUCCAACUGAUGCCAAUCUCAAGGCGUAUGAGGAUUGGACUCUAUCAGGAAAGCAAACUGAUAUAUUCCUAGGAGAUAUAGUUGAGAAAUGUGGUCGGAUUGUUCUAGCUCAGGGUAACACUCUUCUAAUACCCUCGGGUUGGAUACAUGCAGUUUAUACUCCAAUAGAUUCACUUGUAUUCGGAGGAAACUUCCUUCACUCCUACUCAAUAGAGAAACAGUUGAGGAUUGCGGAGAUAGAAGAACUAACCAAGGUUCCGCAUAAGUUCAGGUUUCCCUUCUUCACUGAACUCCAGUGGUACGCUCUGGAUAAAUAUGUGUACGCCCUGCUGGGUAGAUCCCAUCUCCAGGUGGAUGAUGAGACACUUAUCAGAUUGUUUGGAGAGAAGUUUACAAGAGAUGAAUUCAGACGGAAGCUUGAGUAUCAGCAUCUAACCCCGCAGGAACUCUACGGACUUAAAGCGAUCGUCAUGUUUAUCCAUGCACUGCCAGUAACCAGGAAAAAUGUUCCAAGUCUGAUCGCCGAUCCUGUGAGUCUAAUCAAGGAUAUUAGAACUAUUGUUGAAACUCAUAAGCAAGAUGAUCCGGAGCAAGCUGUAUCUGGGAAACCUCUUCUUUUCUGGACCGGGAUUAAACAGGAAAAAAGUUGGUCGGUAAAGGCAAAGAACAAAGCAAGACGAGAUUUAAAGCCUGAGAAAGAGAAGAGAAGAGAGAGGGUUUCUUGCAAGAGCUGUGAGGGUUGUUUGGUAAAGGAGUGCGGGAAAUGUUCAACCUGUACUUCAUAUCCAAAAAGAACUUGCGAGAACAGGAAGUGUGAGCAGCCAGUUCUUCCUUUGCAAUCAGUUUGUCAUUUCUGUGGAUUAGAUGGUUGGUUCGCAGAGACAAAUAUGUCUCUUAUUGACAGACCCAUAGAAACAAACAGCUUGAUGGAAUGCAGUUCGUGCCAGGAGAUAACUCAUCCCUCCUGCCACACUGACUAUGGUGUUGAAGGACAGAUAAGUGAUAUAACCCCGAACUCCUGGUUCUGUCCGAAGUGUAUGAAGUUCAACCCUCCUUCUGAGGACGAACUGGCCGCUAAGAUGAGAAAGGUUGAGGAGAAGCCGGAGUUUGUCGUCCACGGAAAGUCCGACCAGUCUAAAUCUGAACUGAGAAAUCAACUAGCAGAGCAAAUAAUGUCCGCGUCCACCAAACCUAUAAAACAUCCGUCCUAUGUAUUCCGACCUCCACCAGCUAUCCUUGAUGCAGGUCAGGUUUAUGAACGGUUGAAGAAGAACGGAUCUGAGAGUAUCAAGGUUGAAGAGUUAGUAGUGCUCCCUGUAUUCCAAUACCUGACAACAGAAGAGAUUAUUAAGUGUGGUUUGGUUUGCAAGGUCUGGCAUAGAAUCUCUUUAGAUCCUUCUCUCUGGCACACGGUUAACCUAACAAGUAAGAGUUUAUUUCUGAGCGAUAAAAAAAAACAUACUAAAAUAUUAACCUUGUCCUUUUUUACAUUUUUUUUGAGAAAUAGAUUUUUCAUUCUCACCUCAAUGUGUUGUAUAAAAGCAGAUCUAAUGACCCACUAUCUGUAUUGUUGAAAUUUCUGGUUUUGA